AUGUCUGCGUCCUCUGGGGACCCUAACGACGCCAAACGAAAGGCCAAACUCGACGUUCUUUUCAAUCAGGUUGUAACAGGUAAAAAGCCGGUAUCGACUUCUACACAGGGCAACCUUUUUUUGGAAUCGAUCAGGGUGCAGGACCCAGCAGAUUGUAUUCAGAGGCUCAUAGCUGGGGCUCUUCCUACUGUUCAGCAAUGUAUGCGCUUCAGAACAGAUCCGACCUUCUUGAACGGGCCGGCAGCCUUGACCCUCAAAUAUCUACAGAAUCCAGACCUCAAGACCAUCAUGGGAGGCGAUCUCCUACACCAGGUCCUCUCGAAGAUGGUAGACCCGCCGAUUUUCUGGGAUUGCUUCGUACGCGCAUACAAAGACGAUAAACUGGAGCGACAGGCGCAACAAUGUUUUGCUUGGCUACUCCUUGAGCUCGUGUCUCUUCAGAAGGAAAAGGCCGCGCAGUAUAAUGAGCUCGCUCAAGAGGAUGCCCUGCAGGAACGCCUGUUGAAUUCUCCUCACUUGGAAGUCCGCAACCUCGGCCACAGGAUCAAACACAUCGUUUCGACCACCACGGCGACUCCACUCACCUUCGACGGAUACGGCGGUCCGGGAGGGCGUCAUGACAAUGAUUUCCCCGACUUUCGGAAAAUCACCAUCAUGCCAACUGCAGACGAGUUCAGAACCGAAGAGAAGCCCUUCAUGCGGACGGCCAAGGCUAUGGAGGAGGCGUGUGACGAUGGGGUGCGUCUCGGAAUCCAUCUGGACAACCAAUUUCGACUUUUACGGGAAGACAUGGUUGCGGAGAUGCGCGAGGAGCUGCAGAUUGCCCUUGGAAUCAAGAAGAAACCCCAUCGCGGGAUGAUUCUCGAAGGCUUCAAGAUACUCGGAAUCGAAUGCAAUCCUGCUCGCCAACAACCAUGGGGCCUCAAACUUCAGUGCGCGAAGGAUCUCCCCCAACUCGGCAAGCACAAGGAGCCGGCGAAGCGGAAGAAGUUCCUAAUCACGAACAAAACUUUCAUGAAGCAUCUUUCUCAAACCUGCUUGAUCGUCGAUAACGAAGUAGUGGCAUUCCCAUGCAUCAACCGCGACGAAGACCUCCUUGCCGCCAAACUACCGAUACUAUUGCUACAGUUCUCUAGUAACCAGAACAUGCAUAACGCAUUUCUCAAGCUCAAGACCGGGCGUGUUAUCAAGUUGGUUCAGAUCAACACUGCGGUCUUCGCAUAUGAGCCGAUUCUUAUCCGCUUACAAGGCAUCAAGGAAAUGGAGCUGAGCGACGAGCUGCUGUCAUGGACCGAAGGAACUAAUGUCGAGCAACCUUCGUCAGUUCCCGACGCGCGCAUUCGGGAGAUUGAAACCAACCCGUCCCAAGAUUUGCGCGGGCUUCUCAAAAUCAAAUCGCCGAAAGAAAUUAGACUGGACAAGUCUCAGUGCGUGUCUCUACUUACAGCAUUGAGGCAGAGAGUCAGUCUUAUCCAAGGACCGCCAGGCAAGUUCAUCCCACGCGGGCCCCACUGUACCGGCAAGUCUUUCAUCGGAGCUUUGCUUGCCAAGAUUAUCCAUGACUCCACCGACAAGACGAUCCUCGUGGUGUGUUAUACAAAUCACGCCCUCGAUCAGUUCUUGGAGGAUCUGCUUGAUAUCGGAAUUCCUGCGUCAAGUAUGGUGCGCCUCGGAGCCAAGUCGACUGCCAGGACGAAGCCUCUUGUUCUCCAAGGUGCCGGCGGCAGAGGUCUUCCCCGGGAAACCUACAAGGUCAUUGACCAACUCAAAUCGGAGGCACGUCGUCUGGAUAUGCAGCUGAAACAGGACUUCCAACAAUAUAUUUCCGCUCCGAACCAAUUUCACCAGUUCAUGACUCAUCUAGAGUUCCUUGAUGACGAUGGACCGGACUGGUUCGGGGCGUUCACUGUGCCUUCCAACGACGAUGGAAUGGUAACGGUAAGCAAAAAAGGCAAGGCCGUGGAUGAAUAUUACCUACUUGAUCGAUGGCUUAGGGGAUUGGAUGCUGGAAUUUUCAGAUGGAAUGUCACCCAAGAAACGCGGGGGAUCUGGGAAAAGCCAUACCCAGACCGGGAGGCUAUAUACCAGCGAUGGACGACGACACUGUCCAGAGAACAGGCACAUGACAUCAGUGCUCUCGCCCAAGAGUAUAACGAAUGCCAGAACAAAAUCAGCCGCAUGUACAGAUUGAAGGAUGCCACAGUCCUACGGGAGAAACGUAUCAUCGGGUGUACGACGAGUGCUGCAGCUAUGAAGUAUGAGGAAUUACAGGCAGCGAAUGCAGACGUGCUUCUAGUGGAAGAGGCGGGAGAGAUACUGGAGAGUCAUAUCCUCACUGCUUUGGGGUUUAAGACCGACCAGUUGAUCCUGAUCGGCGACCACAAACAACUACGGCCAAAGGUGAGCAAUUAUCAGCUAACAGUCGAGAAAGGUGACGGAUACGAUCUCAAUAGAUCCUUAUUCGAGCGUCUCGUCAUGAAGGGGUUUCCCCAUCAGACUCUUACCAUGCAGCAUCGCAUGCGACCGGAAAUAUCCUCACUCAUCAGAACUCUAACUUAUCCGGACCUCAUCGACGGACCUGGGACUCAGCAACGGCCAGACAUUCGAGGAUUCCAUAAUGGCAAUCUGAUCUUUGUCAGCCAUGACAAGCCAGAAGACCAUAAUCCCCGACUAGGAGAUAAGGACGGACUGACGUACAAAUCCUCCAAACAAAACACAUUCGAGGCUGAAAUGGUUUUGAAAUCCGUUCGAUACCUUGGGCAGCAGGGAUAUGGCACGGACAAAAUCGUGGUUUUGACGCCAUAUCUUGGGCAGCUACAACUGCUUCGAGAAAAGUUGAGCAAAGACAACGAUCCCGUCCUCAACGAUCUUGACUCUUAUGAUCUGGUCCGCGCUGGAUUGUUACCGGCUGCCAGUGCUCACGUCACCAAGAACCCUAUAAAGAUUUCGUCCAUCGAUAACUAUCAAGGCGAGGAGAGCGAGAUCGUAAUUGCCUCCCUCACAAGGAGCAAUGACGACAACGACAUUGGCUUUAUGUCUGCUCCGGAGAGGUUGAACGUUCUUUUGUCUCGGGCGCAAAACGGUCUCAUACUGAUUGGCAACCCGGAAACCUUCCUCCAUGCCCGCAAGGGUAAGGAAAUGUGGACCAGGUUCUUCGAUCUUCUGAAGGUAGGUGGAUUCAUUCACGACGGACUUCCCGCAAAAUGUGAGCGGCACCCGGACAGGAAAACGUUCCUCCGCAAGCCUCAAGACUUUGACGACGAGUGUCCCGACGGUGGGUGUACAGAACCAUGCGGAACUAUCCUCAGCUGUGGAGUGCAUAAGUGCCCUCAACACUGUCAUCAGCUUUCGGAUCAUUCAAAGAUGCCUUGUGAAUUCGUUACGCACGCGAAGUGCGAUCAAGGCCACCCGUACCGAUGGAAGUGUCACAAAGGGCCGCCGGUCGUGUGUGAAAAAUGUGAACGCGAGCGGCUGGCUGCUGAAAAGAGGCAACAGAGAGAUUUCGAGCUGCAACAGCAACGCGAAGCGGCACAGAAGGAACACCUCCGGCAGUUGGUACUUCUCGACGAAGAGAUCGAACGGAAGAGACAAGAGAUGAAAGACGAACAGGACCGCAUAGCAAGGGAAAAUGCUAUCGAGCAGAAGAAACGGGAUCUGCAGAACGCUGCCUUCGCUGCUAUCGCUGCACGUCGGGCACCCAUCCCUCCCCCACAGCAGCCCACGUUGCCCUCGUCUCCACAGGAUCCUGCAACUCAGCAGCCCCCACGCGUACCCCCUCUAGCACCCUUGGAUCCAAGCACGAACACGCCUCCAACCAAUCCUUCAACCAGCACUACUCCCGCCGCCGUACCACCAGCUACGGCCAAACCACAUGCCAGACCGCGCAAACUGGUUCCAGAUCCAGUGCUCGAACCCUCAGAUUCGGAGAAAGAAUGGCGACGGCAGAAAGCUUUCGAAAAUGCCAACAACAAGGCCUUGGAUACGCUCAUGGACAUGACCGGACUGGAGAAUGUCAAGGAGCAGGUCUUGAAUAUCAAGGCAAAGAUUGACGUUUCUCUCCGUCAAAAUGUCGAUUUCAAGAAUGAGCGUUUUGGAGUGGUGAUGCUAGGCAAUCCCGGCACUGGUAAAACAACCGUGGCACGUCUAUAUGCCGAAUUCUUGAAUACAUACCAGGGCGUUUUGCCGGGGAGCGAAUUUGUGGAGACUACUGGCUCUCGUUUGGCCAACGACGGCGUACCCGGGGCGAAGAAAAUUAUCGACGACAUUCAGAAAGCCGGGGGCGGUGCUGUCUUUCUUGACGAAGCUUACCAGCUCACCGAGAAGCAGAGCACCGGCGGAGCCCAAGUCCUCGAUUUCCUGCUUGCGGAGAUCGAGAACAAUGUGGGAAAGAUCGUCUUCCUGUUCGCCGGCUACACGAAAGAAAUGGAGUCUUUCUUCGAGCACAAUCCGGGAAUCCCAAGUCGAAUCCCGUACACACUGAAGUUCGAAGACUACAAGGAUCCCGAACUCCACCUGAUGUUGCGAAAGAUGAUCGACAAAUGGUACGGCGGUAGAAUGAAGGUGGAGGAGGGCAUGGGCGGCCUCUACAUGCGGAUCGUGGUCCGGCGCCUGGGAAGAGGCCGAGGCCGAAACGGAUUCGGGAAUGCCAGAGGCCUUGCAAAUGUCUUCGCCAAGAUCAGGGAGAGGCAGGGAGUUCGCUUGACCCGAGAGACUCGAGAUGGAAAGAUAUCAGACGACUUCUUUUUCACAAGGGAAGAUCUGAUCGGACCAAACCCAGCGGAGGCCCUGGGGGAGAGUGAGGCGUGGAACAAACUGAAGGAGUUGAUAGGUCUUCAAACCGUCAAGCAGUCGGUGCAGUCGAUGGUCGAUAUGAUCCAUACGAACUACUUGAGAGAGCUCAGUGAAAAGGAGCCUAUCCGGGUUCCUCUCAACCGUGUUUUUCUCGGAUCCCCUGGGACCGGGAAAACCACUGUGGCGAAGUACUACGGUCAGGUGUUGAACGAUUUGGGCAUGCUCAGCAACGGGGAAGUUGUCGUCAAGAACCCAUCGGACUUCAUCGGGGGAUACAUAGGACAUUCCGAAAGCCAAACCAAGGGGAUACUAGUAACAACGGUCGGGAAGGUGCUUGUGAUCGACGAAGCAUACAGCCUAUACUCAGGAGGGGGUGGGGUCGGAAACCAGAGUGAUCCGUUCAAGACCGCUGUCAUCGACACGUUGGUCGCCGAGGUGCAAUCGAUACCGGGAGAAGAUCGCUGCGUUCUCCUCCUAGGAUACGAAGAACAGAUGAAUACGAUGUUCCAGAACGUCAAUCCGGGUCUCGCGCGUCGCUUCGCAAUAGAUGACGCAUUCCAUUUCCUGGACUUUACGAACGCUGAACUGAGGGAAAUCUUGGACCUAAAAUUGAAGCACCAAGGUCUUGAUGCCACACCAGAAGCAAAGGAUGUAGCCUGUGAAUUGCUCGAUCGGUGCAGCAUGCGGCCCAACUUCGGGAAUGCCGGCGAGGUGGAAAACAUGCUCAGCAAGGCGAAGACGAAUUUCCAAACCCGGCAGAGCAAGAAGCCUCCAGCAGAGCGAGCCUUCGAUGUCGUCUUCGAGCCCGAGGAUUUCGAUCCCGAAUUUGCCAGAGGCGCCAGUGCCACGCUGAAUUGCAGGAAGCUGUUUGAAGACGUCAUAGGCUGCGAGGACAUCGUUGCUAAGCUCGAAGGCUAUCAACAAAUAGCCAUCAAUGCCAAGGCUAAGGGAAUCCCACUGCACGAGCUCAUUCCGACGAACUUUAUAUUUAAGGGUCCCCCAGGUACCGGAAAGACGACGACAGCUCGCAAAAUGGGUCAGGUAUAUUAUGACAUGGGUUUCCUAUCGACAGCCAAGGUCGUGGAAUGUUCGGCAACGGAUCUGAUCGGUCAAUAUGUCGGGCAGACCGGUCCCAAGACGAAAAAGCAGCUCGAGAAAGCCUUGGGUCAGGUGCUAUUUGUGGAUGAAGCCUAUCGCCUCGCAGAGGGACACUUUGCAACGGAAGCCGUCAAUGAGCUUGUCGAUAUUCUGACGAAGCCACAGUUUCUGGGAAAGAUGAUCGUAAUCCUGGCAGGUUAUGACGACGACAUGAACCGGCUGCUAAGUGUCAAUUCCGGGCUCUCGAGCCGGUUCCCGGAAGAAGUUCAGUUCACCAAUCUGUCGCCAGAACAUUGCCUUCAGGUCAUGGCGAGUGACAUCGGGAAGAAGAAUAUCACCGUGGAUUUCCUGCAGGAUCAGAAUUCUCCCGGAUAUGUCGUGCUCCGGAGCCUCAUCGGUGAGCUCACGGUCCUGCCAUCGUGGGGAAACGCCCGAGACAUGAAGACGCUGGCCAAGAAAAUGAUCGGCUUCGUCUACAAGACACCAUCGUCCUCCGGGUCCGCUGCGUUCGCGCCCGAGCUAUCUGCGCGGACCGCGCUCGAGUGUGUCAAACAGUUACUGGUAGAACGGAGGGGAAGAGCAAACCUCCCCGCAAACCGGACUCCGCAGUUCGAAACGUCCAAGUUUGCUCAGACUCUGCCGCCGCUAGAUGCGCCGCCUCCGCCAUCCGUAGCCCCGAGGACAGCAACAGCUCCCCCACCGCCGCGCGCCCAGAAGCAAAAGGAUGCCGCCGAGGUCCCGCCAUCCCCGCAAGACGACGGGCGCGAUCCCGGCGUGUCGGACGCAGUCUGGAACGAACUCCAGGCAUGCAAGGCAGCCGAGGAAAAACGGCUGCGAGAAGCGCAGGAGGCUAUCGCGAAGAAGCAAGCUGAGUUCCGAGCGCUGGCGGCUAAAGAGGCCGUUCGUAAGAGGGUGGCUGAGGAGCUGGCGAGACUGGAGGCAGCUGCACUGAAGGCGAAGGAUGACGCAGCCCUUGAAGAGAUCAAACGGAAGCAGGAGACCCUGAGGCUGACGCAACUAAGGGCUCGCAUCGAAGGCGAGAAGGCGGCGAGGGAGCUGGAGAGGAUUAGAGAACUAGAGAAGAAGAGAAGGCAACAGGAGGCGCAGGUCCAGCAAAAGUUGAGGGCGAUGGGAGUUUGUGUGGCAGGAUACCAAUGGCAAAAGACAUCAAAUGGAUGGAGGUGUGCGGGGGGGAGUCAUUUUAUUUCGGAUGCUCAGCUUGAAUCUAGCUAGGUCUAGAUACGUGGUUUAUCUUAUGGUUCUGGAAGUUGGGUUGAUCUUUAUCGCCUUUUUAGGGGUUUUUGGAAAAUUGGGACGGCGUAUGUAGGAGGUUUAACAUGAUCUCCAAAAUGAAUAUGAAUACCUGGGUUCGAUUCGG